UCCCGAGGACAUUAUUUCAAAUAAGUACUAGUUACAAGGGAGUUAGCCAACAUCAUCGUCAGUACAAAACAAACUGAUUCACAGCAAACACAAUAAAGCCCUGAAUUCAUGAAACACUCGUCAAUUUGCCAGGAACCGUGUGAGAUAUGCAGAAACUACAGAAAUUAAGGCUUAUUUGUAGACAUUAACACAGACAUAAACGAUUUAAUGACCGCAGUUUACGUUCAAUCAGCCAUUCCUACAUCCCUUGAGUGCAGUCUCUGUGCUGGCUGGACACUGCAAGCAAAGACACAUUCCUCAGAUGUUUAGACUAUUUUUUUAAAGUGCGUUAUUACAUCCACAUUUCACUUUUUCUUUUCUUUUUUUCUUUUUUUGAGACGGAAUUUCGCUCUUGUCGCCCAGGCUGGAGUGCAACGGCAAGAUCUCGGCUCACUGCAGCCUCCGCCUCCCGGGUUCUAGCGAUUUUCCUUCCUCAGCCUCCCGAGUAGCUAGGAUUACAGGCGCCCGCCACCAUGCCCGGCUAAUGUUUGUAUUUUUAAUUGAGACGGGGUUUCGCCAUGUUGGCCAGGCUGGUCUCGAACUCCUGACCUCAGAUGAUCCGCUCGCCUCCGCCUCACAGAGUGCUGGGAUUACAGGCGUGGGCCACCGCGCCCGACCACACAUUUCACUUUUAUUCGGAUCGAUCAGUAAACUCGCAAACCCUCAAACUCUCCUGAUCACCAUCUCAGGUAGCAGCGAACUCCCCCGUCCUCAGGAGGCGGGACCUGCGUGCGGACGCAUAGCGAGCACGUUGACGUCAUGGCGCACCGUCCGCGGCACCGCCCACCGGCUUGAAUCCCGGCGCCUCAGAGGACUGUGAGGCGGGCGCUAACUGCUUGGGCCGCGGGGCGGGAGGCAGCGCGGGAGCGGGGCGUUGAGGGGCCGGCCUAGCUUAGGGUUCUGGCCUUGCGUCUUCCGACCGAAUUGCCGCUCCUGAGCCCGGUGCGGGGCUGCUGCCAUCGCCUGGCCGUGGGUGCCGGAGCGGCCGGGCUGCUACUCAGGGUUCUUGGGUGGGCGCGGGCGGCGUCUCCGCGGCGUGCAUCCCCCGAGGCCACCCUCGGGCCAUGAUCGACUCCGUGAAGCUGCGCCGCGACAGCGCGGCGGACUUCUUCUCCCACUACGAGUACCUGUGCGCCCUGCAGGACUCGGUGCCGCUGCCCGCCGUGCGCGCCUGUCUCCGGGAGGGCGUGCUGGAUUUCAACGCCGACCGCCUCCGCGGGGUGGACUGGGCGCCUCUGCUGAGCACCCUCAAGAUCAAUAAAGACCUGCCCUUGAUCUCCAUCAAGAGCUUCUUCCAGCCCUGGCUGGGGGACACAGGUUCUGACAUAAAUAAAUUUUGCAGAAGUCGUGUUCCUGCGAUAAGAUACAAAGAUGUGACCUUCCAGUUGUGUAAAGCUCUUAAAGGCUGUUUAAGUAUAUCAAGUGUGCUAAAGAACCUGGAGCUAAAUGGACUAAUUCUGAGAGAGAGGGAUUUAACUCUUCUAGCAAAGGGAUUGAAUAAAUCGGCUUCUUUGGUGCACCUGUCUCUUGCAAAUUGUCCAAUUGGAGAUGGAGGUUUAGAAAUUAUUUGUCAAGGUAUAAAGAGCUCUAUCACUCUUAAGACAGUCAACUUCACAGGAUGUAAUCUGACAUGGCAGGGAGCAGAUCACAUGGCCAAGAUCUUAAAGUAUCAGACCAUGAGAAGGCAUGAAGAAACCUGGGCUGAGAGUCUUCGCUAUAGGAGACCUGAUCUUGACUGUAUGGCUGGCUUAAGACGUAUCACACUGAAUUGCAACACACUCAUUGGUGACCUAGGUGCAAGUGCUUUUGCAGACUCUCUCAGUGAGGAUUUAUGGCUGAGAGCUCUUGACCUGCAACAGUGUGGCCUCACCAAUGAAGGAGCAAAGGCUUUGCUAGAGGCCCUUGAAACCAAUACAACUCUGGUCGUUCUGGAUAUAAGAAAAAAUCCACUCAUUGAUCAUUCUAUGAUGAAAGCAGUUAUCAAAAAAGUUCUCCAAAAUGGAAGGAGUGCCAAAUCAGAGUACCAAUGGAUAACUUCUCCAUCAGUGAAGGAACCGUCCAAAACUGCUAAACAGAAAAAGAGAACUAUAAUUCUAGGAAGUGGUCACAAAGGAAAAGCUACUAUUAGAAUUGUAGGAUUGGCCACAAAGAAACCUGUAAGUAGUGGCAGAAAACACUCCCUUGGUAAAGAAUAUUAUGCGCCCGCACCUCUACCACCUGGUGUGUCUGGUUUCUUGCCAUGGCGUACUGCAGAACGUGCAAAAAGACACAGGGGUUUCCCAUUAAUCAAAACACGUGAUAUAUGUAAUCAGUUGCAGCAACCAGGUUUUCCUGUGACUGUGACAGUAGAGAGUCCUUCAUCCUCUGAAAUUGAAGAGGUUGAUGAUUCUUCAGAGAGUGUUCAUGAAGUGCCUGAGAAAACUAGUAUAAAACAAGAAGCAUUACAGGAAAAACUGGAGGAGUGCCUAAAGCAGUUAAAGGAAGAAAGAGUGAUAAGGCUUAAGGCUGAUAAACGAGUCAGUGAGCUGGAACAUGAAAAUGCCCAGUUAAGAAAUAUAAAUUUCUCUUUGUCUGAAGCCCUUCAUGCACAGUCAUUGACAAAUAUGAUCCUGGAUGAUGAAGGUGUUUUGGGCAGCAUUGAGAAUUCUUUUCAGAAGUUUCAUGCUUUCUUGGAUCUCCUUAAAGAUGCUGGGCUUGGGCAGCUUGCCACAAUGGCUGGGAUAGAUCAGUCAGAUUUUCAAUUACUAGGUCAUCCCCAGAUGACUUCUUCUGUUAGUAAUCCACCUAAAGAAGAAAAGGCACUUGAAGAUGAAAAACCAGAACCAAAGCAGAAUGCCCUAGGGCAAAUGCAAAAUAUCCAGGUUUCUAUUUGUAUGCAGUCAGCUUACAAUGAAGGAACACUAAUGAAGUUUCAGAAAAUUACAGGUGAUGCUAGAAUUCCUUUGCCUCUCGACUCCUUUCCUGUCCCAGUUUCUACUCCAGAGGCCUUAGGAACUUCCAGCAACAACCUAGGAGUCCCAGCCACUGAGCAGCGGCAGGAGUCUUUUGAAGGAUUCAUUGCUAGAAUGUGUUCUCCUUCACCAGAUGCAACUUCUGGAACUGGAAGUCAAAGAAAAGAAGAGGAGUUGUCCAGAAAUAGCAGAUCUUCUUCAGAGAAAAAGACCAAAACAGGUGAAUAUACCAAAAAAACACUCUGAUAAGCAACACCCUGGAAAGGACCUGCAUUCCUGAUCUGACUGUCCUGAAAACCAGAAAGGCAAAGGAACUAGGGAAACUAGUUCUUUGGUUAAUGAACCAAUUAAAAGUAGGUCUUUGAAAAAACACAUUUCUGUCAAGAAAGAAAAUAGAAUAGUGACUGUUUCAUCCAAGACAAAUAAAAGAACAUUCUGAAAGUGAUACUCUUGGAUCUGAUUUUGAAUUUCAAGAAAGCAUCCAUUCUCUGUCAUGCCUUUCAUAUAACUAAAUCUUUUGAAACUGUUUUUACCUUUAAAUUGUAAUAAAUUUUCUUAUGUUUUUA